UCUCCUCUGGGACACCAGACAGGCACACCUGCAUCAAUUAGUCAAGGGGUUGAUGGUUAGUAGACUGAAUCAGGUGUGCCAGAUUAGGGCUAAAACAAAAAAUGUGAAACGUCUGUUGGUCCCUGAGAAGAGUGGACUGGACUGGACUGGGGGCCUCAAUCUUCACUGUAGUGCUGUUUUCCAUUAUUCUGGGUGAUUGAUUAAAGUGGUAUAUUGGCUAUUAGUAAUCCAGACCUGAAUCAGUCCCUGAUUAGAGGAGAAGAUGAUGAUGAGGUUUAAGGGUCUUUCUGUACUGUUACUAUGGGAACCUUUAUUCAGUAUCAGCAGUGGUGUUGCUGGUGUUGGUCAUGUUCACAUAUAGAUCAGCAUGAAAUAAGUGUGAACAAACAAUUCUCAGAAGUCAUGUGGUGUUGUGUGUGUUUGUGUGUGUGUGUGUGUGUGCGUUCACUGUGCUAUGGUGUUUGAUGGGUACUUGUGCCUGUUCUCAGCAUGAGAGGCGGGACUGUGAAAGUAACCACAAGAGCACUGGUAUGACAAGGCCCCUGAAAGUUUAACAUUUGAAUGCUGAUUCUAUAUCUUACAAGUUGCCAUUUGACCAAUACAUUUUGACAUCAUGGCAAGACACAAGAUCCUAACCUUUACUGUGAUGUAUUUCGUCCAGGCUUGGAUUUUGGGUCUGGACUCCAAGAUGGUCAGUCUCCCUCUGCAUGGUCUAAAAUCCAACUUCCCCUUAAACAUGGCUCCGGACUCUGUUGAUGACUCCUACAAGGGCUGUGAGGAGAAGAUGCUCAGGAAGGUGCAUGACUAUUACCUGCCAAAAGAGAGACGAGAGAACAAAGAUUUCAACCAGGCUUGGACCGCUGCUGAGGACCAUUACAGAAAAAAAGGAAAACUGCCUAAAUACUAUUCCCUGGCAAUCCAGGUGUAUGUGAAUGCAACAUCAAACAUUUACAGGUCAUUCAACGCUGCCACUCGUACCCAAAAGGAGAGCUACAAAACUGUGUUCAAGUACCACUCCCUGCACUUCUUUUUGACCAAUGCCUUACGAAUGCUGAACAAGAACAAGAACAACAAGAACAAGACUUUCCAAACCUUCCGUGGAUCUAAAGACGCUUUUGAGGGUGUCCAAUAUGAUGAAAUGCGAUUCGGACAGUUCACGUCGAGCUCUUUAGACAAGACUAUCACUAAAAACUUUGGAAAUCGCUCCUGUUUUGAGAUCACCACCUACCUUGGUGCCCCACUGGGGGAGUACGCAUCUCAGAUGGCUCAUGAGAAGGAGGUGCUGAUUCCCCCCUACGAGGUGUUCAACAUUACAGAGGUGCUGAAGAGAACAGACAAGAAAGACCUCUGGUGUGAUGUCGUUUACAAACUGAAGAGUACUAAGAAAGAAAAAAGUUACCUGAAUUGCAGUUUGUUUAAACCACUCCAAGGAGAAUAAAAUUAAACCAGCAACACAGCUUUUCUGCAUUCUGUCAAAUUAUGACAUUUUGUGUUGUAUUGUAGAUUGUAUUGUAACCCUUGGCUUCCCCAUCCAUUGUUGCUCCCUCCCACAAAUUCAGGAAAUAUGAUUGUCAGAUCUGUCCUGUUAUAAAUGUUGGACACAUUGUUUGUUAGAUUGUUAAAAUUUCCUCUGCCAGUGAAUUGGCAUUUGUUGUCAUGUGCAUUGCAACUUUUGUUAAAACCAAUAAAGAAAAGCAUUCAGCAAUA